UUGGCCCCUGUUUGAGCUGCAUCUAGAGAAGAGUUUUUACAGAGGAGUGGAGAUCCCCUCCCCUGCAUGUGGAAUGAAUGAGCCGAUGGCGUCCGAUGGAGGAACCUCUAGCUUCCAGGGGCUGUACGGGAACAUCCACACCCCCGCCGUGCUCAUUGGGGCCGCGUUUGCGCUCGUUGCCCUCCUGAUCUCUCUCUGGCUCAUCGUGCAGCACCUCAGAUCGUACAGCAAUCCCGCCGAGCAGAAGUGGAUCAUAGCAGUGCUGUUUAUGGUGCCUGUAUAUGCCUCUGAAUCUACAAUUUCACUGUGGAAUUCGGAGUUCUCUUUGGCAUGUGAUAUAUUGCGGAACUGUUAUGAAGCAUUUGCUCUUUAUGCCUUUGGACGAUACUUGGUCGCUUGCCUCGGGGGAGAACGACAAGUGUUUCGGUUGCUUGAGAGCAGAAAAAGGGAAGAGCUAAGUGAGCAGUUGCUCGAGAGUCAAGACAAGGCACAAGCUCAUAACCGAAGCAGAGUGCGCAACUUCUUUUGGGACCCUAAUGCUCUAGGAGAGAACUUGUACACAAUUAUAAAAUUCGGUCUCGUGCAAUAUAUGAUUCUGAAGACACUAUGUGCUUUCUUGGCAUUGAUCUUGGAGCUUUUUGGAGCCUAUGGAGAUGGUGAAUUCAAGUGGAAUUAUGGUUACCCUUACAUUGCUGUUGUCAUAAAUUUCAGCCAGACAUGGGCAUUGUAUUGUCUUGUCAAAUUUUACAAUGCAACACAUGAAAAACUACAGGCAAUAAGGCCACUAGCCAAGUUCAUAAGCUUUAAGGCCAUUGUAUUUGCCACUUGGUGGCAAGGAGUCGGCAUUGCAAUCAUAUGCCAAACUGGGCUCCUACCCAAGGGGGGAAAAGUGCAGAAUGCAAUACAGGACUUCCUCAUUUGCAUCGAGAUGGCUGUUGCAGCAAUAGCGCAUGCCUUUGUCUUCACCGUGGAGCCGUACCAGCACAUCCCUGUCCUGGAUCAUGGAAAGGUCACAUCUGAAGAGAGUAAAAUGGAGGUGAAGGUAGAUGUCAACGACGACAGCAACAGUAGACUGGCUGCGGUUGAGCAAAAGGAGACCCAUGUUGAAGCUCCAGGGACAAGCAUCAAGGAAAGCGCGCAGGAUGUUGUUCUUGGCGGUGGCCACCAUGUUGUCAAGGAUGUUGCCCUUACUAUCUCACAGGCAAUUGGACCUGUGGAGAAAGGUGUCGGGAAGAUUCAGGAGAAGUUCCAUCAUAUCUCGCUGAAGACAGGGGACAAGAAAGAAUCUAAACUUGACGUGGAGGAGCACGUCACCGAGAAUGUGGUGGAUGAUGAACCUGUUGCGGUCGACGCACAGGUCGAAGUCAAACAGAAAGCGCAAGGUAACGGCGAGGAUCGCGAAACUGCUGUGGCUGAGGCAGAGGUGGAAAUCAAAAGAACAAAUAAGGAUACUGAGGUCUAG